ACACAUUCCCUCCUUCCCCAUGGAUCGUACGAGUUAUUCCUGCAUUUGCGGCCAGAAUCCAAGCAUGUGCUAUGCUUUUAUAGGCGCGUGUGAGAACCGCCUCCGCAUGGCAGAGCUGUUCCAUAAACCAGAAGAUCAAUGGAACCUGAUUCAACUCGACGUCCACGAUCUGGUCAAAUCGGUCAAAGAUUUCGACGACGUAUUCUGGGCCCUCCAGUACAUGGGCACAGUGGGAGUCAGGUCCCGACCUUUAUCCCCAACCGGAGAUGAAAUACCCGGGUCCGAGUGGACCGGCCGGUUCAAAAUCAAAGGCAUCAGAAGAAUCCCAAGAACCAAAAUGGAGGAAGUGAAGAGCUACAUCCGCGAGAAAGGCCCGGUCUUAGCGACGAUUCGUAUCAACCUAGAUUUUUAUUCGGACUCCGUUCCGAUGCCGUAUGAACGUGAUAGAAGCAGUCCAAGUAACGGUUUCCAUAACGUGUGUUUGGUUGGGUACGAUGAUGGGAAAGGAAUUUGGCAGUUUCAGAAUAGUUUUGGUACGAAAUGGGGAAAGAAUGGUUUUGGAAAGAUUAGGUAUAAUGGAGUUGUGCAGUAUGUAGUGCCAAUAUUUAUGAAUGAAGAAAUUCUAGAUACUUAUGAGAAUGUUCAGCUGCCAAAUGAUCCUGCUCCUCCUCCUGUCGCUUCAACUUCUUCAUCGAGUUCUUGUGAGCAUCAAACCCGAACAAGAUUUGGGCGUCGACAUUAGUUCUAUUCCUCCACAAGUCCUUCUAUGCUAGAUUUUUUUUAUCUAAUUCCAUUAGUCUCUACUCUUUACUCUUUAUCUUCUAAGGGCGG